AUGGAGCGGAACUCGUCGUCGCCAGCUGAGAUGCUCAGGAUGCCCGAGCACCCUAGCACACCAACGUUCACAUGUGAGGUGUGCAAGAUAUCGGUGCGCUCGGCGCAGAAGCUUAUGGAUCACGUGAACUUCUCGCCACUUCAUCAGGCUUCGCUCGGUAUGAAUAAAAACACGAAAGCUCGUGCCAAAUCUACAAAGCAAAUGCGUAAAUUGCUGUACGAUGGCUCGAAGCUGUUCUGGCGCGUCAAUGAGACGCUAGAUCUGUGCAUCUACGAAGAUGCGGCGGUAAACACCAUCACCAUCCGAGCGUUCCAGCACACAUCGCCUCAGGACAGUGACCCUAACAACUCUGCAGACCCCAUUCCAGCUCUGGAUAUCGACUCGCGCCGCUUGCGUGAAACUCUCGGGAUCGAGACGGCUCCUAAGGCCUCUGGACAACAUGGAAGAAUGGCGUAUCCUCCAACGAAUACGAUGUCAAGCUCGACGCUCCCCAAGGCAAAUGCUGACGCAUCGACAUCAGCGCAUUCAAGCGAGUUAAUCACGAAAUAUCUACUGGCUCGGCUUCAGGCACGGCGCGACAUGCUGGACCGAGUGAACCUCUUCCUGCAAAAGAUAAACGACGAUGAGGUGGAUCCAGCCGAUCUCUUGUUGACCACAACCGGAGGUUCUCAAGCACUACCCACCGACCUCGAGAUUCGCCGUCGCCACACUAUAGAUGACGUGAAAGACGCACAGAAAGAAGUGUCUGUGGCAACCACGCGGUUGAAGAACGCACGCAUUAAAGCUGAAGAGCUCUCGAACCUAGCGCGACGAACGCUUGAUACUUUUUCACGACAAUAUGGUUCGGCCUCUGACGAAAACAGAAGAAUCGCACGAGAGAGAGCCAACGUCAGUGCAUUGGCAACCUCUGCGUCCAACGCCAUUCUGGGGAUGAAUGGCGGUCGCCGUUUUACUAUGAUGGACAACAAGCCUGCCGCUGCUUGGAUGCGUGCUUACGAUCGAGUGGUGCUCCAGAGCGCCGUGGAGCGCAGCAAAGAUGUGAUCGACAAUCGACCUCAGUACGAGAAGAACGCAGGGCCAAUUGACGAGACCAAGUAACAUUGAGAAC